AUUAAAUUAAAUAUCUUUGGACUAUGUAUAUCUCAUUGCGCUAAAUAACAUGAUGCAGUGAUACCGAUAAUGCGACAUAUUUACAGUCGCGUGGAAGGGGGGUUACUAUGUAUAUAGAACUGUGAAAAAUCAAUAUUCUCCAUCACCGUGCCAAUGGCAGAGGCACAACAUUAGCAGGGCGCGCUAUGACAAUGCCUGAUGCCUGCUCAGAAUGGCAGAGUUCUCGCUGAACAUACAAAAGCAUAUUAAAGCAGGCCUCGUUGUAAGUGGAAAAUUCGAUGGGUCACACGCGUGUCUCGCGGCCGCCACGCCUGGUGGGACCAUCCUGGUGCACAGUCCUCACAGGCAACCGUCGAUCAACCUCAACGAUCACAAGCAAUCCAGCAAAAGAUUGUCAUGGAGCGGAGAACUCGCAGAGCUUCAAAUUGGUACCGAGGUAAAAUCAUUGUGCGUCGGUCGUCUCGGAGAAGAUGAACGAGAUAUUCUCUUGGUCGGUACUAUUUCCCACGUGUUAGCUUACCACAUCGAGGACAACGCCGAUGUCUUUUACAAAGAGAUGUCGGACGGCGCGAAUUGUAUGAUUGUUGCGAAAGUUGGGUGGGUACCGAAUUACGUUGUGGUAGUAGGUGGCAACUGCUCGGUGACUCUCUUAGACGCGCAGGGUACAGAAAUCUUUUGGACAGUGAUGGGAGGUAUUGUCACUUCACUAGCGGUCUUUGAUUUCGACGGGGAUGGAGAGAAUGAGCUACUGAGUGGUACAACAGACUUUGAAAUUAGAGUGCAAAAGGAAGAUACCACACUCUGGGAAACCAAAGAAACGGGAGGGAUCGUUGCCCUCACUGAACUCCCGCACAGACAGUUUGCUUACGCGAUUGAAAAUGGGACGAUCGGCGUCUACGCAGCAGGACAAAGAUUGUGGCGGUUGAAGUCCAAGCACAAAAUAGUGUCCAUCGGAACUUUCGACAUUAACGGUGACGGCGUGCCAGAGUUGGUCACCGGUUACAGCAGCGGGAAAUUGGAUGCGAGGACGUUCAGCACCGGUGAAGUCAUGUUUAAGAUUCAACUGCUCUCCGGUGUAGCGGGCAUAGUGGAAGCUGAUUACCGAAGAACGGGUAAACCCGACUUGGUAAUAGUCUCUACCAAUGGUGAAGUGCGCGGAUACAGCGCGGGUUCCGCGAUGCAAACACCUGAACCCGGCGAGAUGAUACGCGAUUUACUGGCCAAGAAACAGGCGCUGCAGAUGGAAUUGCGUCAAAGGGCUGCGACAGGUUCCAGCAUGUAUUACGGAUCCAGAUUAGCCGUCAGCUUGAUGACCAACAGGAGCGCAGCCCGGAUUGCGUUCGCUGCCGGACCUGGGCUUCUGGUGCAUUGCGCCAUCGUAUUCGCUGAGGGUGUUUUCGAGGGUGAGACACUGGUCACGCAUCCCAACCGGCCACAGGGAGAGCUAGAAAUCGCACUCUAUCCUACCAAGAACGAUCCCGUGGAUAUCUUCGUCAAAGUGUACGUCGGGCCUCCCAGCACCGACCUGUUGCAGGUCUUCGAAAUCACACGGCAGUUGCCAAGAUUCUGCAUGUACGAGUUCAUCCCGAAGCCGCAGCCUAUCCCGGAGGAAUUAUUGAGCAAUGGCGUCGUGGCGGAGGUCGCAGAAAGACCGCAGCGCAUCGCCAUUUGGUUGAACCAGAGUCUCAUCUUGAGCGAGGAACUGGAGGUGCCGGAGGGUGGUUCAGACGCCGGAUGUAUCGAAGUGUGGCUUCGUGGGAUGCGGGACGACAAAGUGCACUGCUUCAAGUCAAACAACAGUGGAAAGGUGACGAUCCAAACGAACGAUGAAACGUUCGCCGGCGAUAUUAUCCAGUCUCUCGCUAUGUACUUGGGCGUCAGAGAGUUGAGCUCGGAGGCCACCUUCCCGGCGGAAGAGAGUAAAAUGCUGGAAGCGUUGGAGCGUGUCAAAGGUCUGAAAGAGGUCGAUGCACGACUCCAGGCGGAAGCUGCAGGAGGUUCCACUCUUCUGAAGAACAUUGUGGUUCGCUUGGAGGACGCUCGGAUUCUGGAGAACAUCGACGACAUGCGGAAGAGACUGAUGCAGCUGAAGAACAUCAACGGUGAUUUAAUCCGGGAGCAUGAGAUCCGAGUGAAUAGCCAUCGGGAGCUCGCGGCCAGUCUAAAAGAAUUGAAUGUUGGUGUCCAGCGCGCGGCGAGACUCAGAGUCGGGAAAGCUGCAUCCAACGCAGUAGCUCGUUGCAGAGCGGCGAUCCAAGAUGAAAAUCCGAAAGCUCUUGCGCUCGCGAUAAGACACGGCUAGCCAAACUGUAGAACGUCCAUCCAUCCGCAAGACACUUGUCACGCAAUACAAUCACAUGGAUUCUGCAACUGCACCAUGAUUCUUCUUGAGCAAAUCUACAAUAAAUUUCCACGGGCGGAAAUGCUAAAUCUUCUUGAUGGUGGUAGGGGUGAUGGUCGGCGAAGAGUGUUUAUGGUACCAUCUGUGCAGGCCCUCAGUCUGAAAGGUCCUGCCGAGUAUCCUGGACUGCCGGGCAGUUCGGCCAACAAUCGUAAUAUGUUCAUGAAUAUGACCAUGACCUGUUAAAUGAAAAUAUUCGUAAAUCACAAUCGCCGUUUACAUAAAAUAUGAAAGAAUAGUUAUCAGUUGUUUCACUGAAUCAGUUUUUUGCAGAUAUCAUCAACGCUGUGAGAACAUGAUCAAUCAUGUGAUAUCUUUGUGUUUUCUCUUGAUUUAGAGCUUAUCUGCUACACGUGUGAAACUAAUCACUUUUUAUCUGCCGUCAUACAUCAUUUAUAUAGACAAUGUCGAAAAUAGGAAAUAAACAUGUUUUUAUUCUUGAACUUCAUCUGAAUUAGUUUUCUCAGAAACUAGAUUUACUUCAGUUGCUUAUAACUCUGGUAUUCUUAGCCAAUCCAGGCCGAGUCGUCAUUACAAUAUAGAUAAACGCACGAAAAUGUUCUUGCUCGUAUCGCCUCGCGUGCCUUGAGAACUAGUGUAUAGAUUUUGUUUGUGGCCUCGCGAUCACGCGUAAAUGCCAUGACUGCGGAGUAAACAAUCGUUUAGAAUAAUAAUCUUCUCUAUGAUUAGCUGAUAAACCUUCAGAUAUUUUGUCCGUCUAUAAUUCUUUCGAAAUAAUUAUUUUUAGAACAAUGUCUCUUUUAAUAAACGAUAAACAAGA